AACACCCCUCUUAAGGAAAGGUAAAAACCUCCAUCGUCAUCGUACGCGAGGAAAGUAUCAGAACUCAUUGGGCCCCAAAAUGUCGUCGGUCGUGGACAUUAUCAAUCACUACCAGUCCAGCAUCAACAAGUCAUUAAAUGACACGGCAAGGAUUGUGCAUUGCAUCGGGAAGCUGUACAAGCUGCCCAUAUCCGUGCGACAUCUGCAGGACACUGGUAUCGGGCGGACGGUCAACAGUCUCCGGAAGUACGACGGUGAGGUGGGCAUUGCAGCAAAAGCACUCGUGACCAAGUGGAAAGCGAUGGUAGCCGCAGAGGAGUCGGAUGACAAUAAUGCCAACGCCGGGGCGCAUGGCGAAGGUGCGGAUUCGGAUGGGCGUCAGAAUGAAAAUGGUCAACAGCGGAACGAUAUGAGCGAUCAGGAAGAAGAUGGCUCCGACGGCCACCAUAAUCGUUCGUUGCCUGAUGAUGACGACGAAGAUGACGACGACGACGACGACGACGAUGAUGAUGAUGAUGAUGACGAAGUUGAGGAUCGUGCAUCACAUCAUAAUGCAGAUCGAGACGAUUCCUAUGGAGAACAACAGCUCCGUGCGGAGGAGGAAGAACCAAACCGUAACGAUAGCAAUAGUGAGGAGGACGAAUCGUAUGGACAAUCGGCCCAACCAGAAGUGCACUACCUCAUGCAUCAUCGUGUAGUGGAACCGGAACAUUUGAUAAGUGCCGAAGAACGAGUAACAUCCGACCAGUGGAAUGACCAUCACAGUAGUAAGCGACAUUCGGGCGACAACAGCAGCAGCAGCUCACGAAACCAACAUCACAGUUCCACGUCGAAAAUAUCCAACAGUGCUAGUAGCGGGCACAAGCACAAAACAGACAGUAGCGAUCGAAAGAAAAGCGAUCAUCACCGGCAUCAGUCAUCAGUCAGUGAAGUGGAAUCGAAGUCUCACAAAUCUUCUUCCGCCACCUCCUCUUCCCGGUCGGACCACCAGGGAUCGUCAAAGAAAUCGUCAUCGCACGGUGACGGCGACCGACACAAAGAUCGCAGUUCCUCAAAGCAUCACAGCAACAACACAAACGAUCACGGUGCCGGUGGUAGUAGCAGUAAUAAUAGUAGUAGCGGUAGCAGCAGCAGCAGUAGUCAUGCACGCAAAGAUUCUAGUCAUAAAGAGCAUGGCCGGCAUCGGUCGAAAGAGGAGCGCAGCAGCAGCAAUAGUUCAAAACGUCACGCGACAGAAGAAAUCGAUGCAGAUAGAGAUGCGGCAUCAUCGUCGAAACGAUCUCGCAAGGAGCAUAGAACCGAUCAUGGCACUAGCGCUGAUACUACUGAUCAGCCGAUAUCCUCGUCUCCCAAUGUAAUUUCUACACCUUUAUCGUCAUCAUCACAUUCGAAGAAGGAUAAGUCUUCUUCCUCUUCCUCCAAGCGGCGAGAUCAUCACGACAAGUCGGAAUCAUCCCGUGAGCGAUCGGAAAGCGAAUCGAAAUCCAAAUCGAGACGAAAAGAUAAAGCCCGAACCUCAUCGGGAUCGUACCAAGAGCAAACCAAUGACGACUCCGUGGGUGACGAUGUCAACGUGGAAGGUCUUGAUUGUUCCGGUGGAGCUAGCUUUGCCGAUGCGCUCGCCAUGAUCGGUAUGCCUUCCGGAUCUAAGAAAAAAGCCUCAGGUACUAGUAAGGAAAAGGUGAAAGUAACGGUUGUAAAAUCAUCACCCUCGUCUACGUCAUCCAACCAUCGGGAUGGUGGUCAAGCGUCGUCUUACUCGAGAAGUAAGCAGCAAUCCACUUCCUCCCUAUCUACUGGAUCCACUGGUCGUAAUGGCGGCAUACCGACGGCAUCGGAUCUUCUAUCGCAAAACGUUAAGUUAGAACCGCUUCCGGAAGCUUCGGAAAUAGUGGAAUCACUACCAAUGAUUUCACCUCAUUACCGACCGAUGCCACUCAAUCAAACCGUUAUGGAGUGUGUGUUUAUGGGUGGCCAGAGUGGUCGGGGCAAAGGUGGUCGACCGCUUACCGAAGAGGAAGCGCUCGGCCAGAGCAUGCAGUCGAAAAACAUUCGUACGAAGGUUUACUCAGGGAUGAAGACGAACGCGAAGGGAGUCAUACCGACGUUGUACGAGCUGUGCAUUCGGUUGCUGCAGGAUCAUAUCGAUGAGAUUGGCGCGACCGGUGGUAUACCGUUUUACAUACUGAAGCCAGUGCUGGAACGAGCGAAUCCGAACCAGUUGCUUCACCUGGAGCACUUUAAUCCACACUUUGUCGAGGAGAGCGAUGUGCUGUGGGAACAGCAUUGCAAAAAAACGUUCCGUUCGAAACAACGCAACGAGGAGGAGCUGGAAACGUGGCGGGAAAUGUUUCUUCGCUGUUCCGAAGAACGAGAUGCGAAGCUGAGAAGUCUGACGCAAAAUAUUAAGCUGUCACAGGAACAGGCAGCAGCACCGAUCCGUAAAACCCAGCUAGCGUACGUUGAUUCGGCCGUUAAACCACCGCGAAGUGUGAUUAGCAAGCAGGUGAAAUACGGUACGGCACGGGCACCGGUCGUUUCACCGGCAGCACGUGUUGCUGCCCUCAAGGCUGGCAAUGUAACGCAGGCCGGUGAUGCACGGUUACGAGUGGCGGCUGGUGUGCGCGAUAAUGCGCAAGCUCAAGUGUUCCAACCGACCAAACCACGCAAGGCUCCAAUGAUGGCCAAAGUGUUGUCCUCAAUGAAGGGCUUCAAAACUAGCUUCCGGCGUUAG